GGAAAUGGAAAUUCCCAUCAACACCGCUUGCCGGUUUCCACUCUCUUUCCCCUUUCAUUCUCCCACUUUCUGUGAAAUGAGCUGUAGCGACGAAAUUUUCUCGGAAACAAAUUCUUGUUAAAAACCGCCACAAAAUCCUGCCGCCUGUUUUCUAGAAAACCAAACGCUGCCUUCAUAUUCGAGAAAACUUUCUUUUGGCAGAGGCUCAACGUUACUGCUCCCGUGGUCGUACCUGGUUUCUUCGGUCAACAAGCGUACACUCACACAUAUAUAUACACGUGAUUUCUCAUCGCUGUAUGUGCCUUUACCUGUCGAUCAGUCGAAGCUUUUUGCUCGUGUUUUGCGUGCACUUUUGCAUAUAGUUCGUCUUGAAUCUAUUCUCUGAAGUUACGUGCACUCGAUCGCUGUAUUUCGAAGCCUGUUAGUUCAAGUUCCAGGAACGGUUCUGCGGAAAGCGAUGGGAACUUCCGGCGACACUCCUAAGAAGAUCGUCACCGGCGACUACGGUUACGUUCUUGAAGACGUUCCGCACUUUAUUGAUUACAUUCCCGAUCUUCCUACUUAUCCGAAUCCAUUGCAGGACAACCCUUCAUACUCAGUUGUUAAGCAGUACUUUGUCAAUGUUGAUGACACUGUUCAGCAACGGAUUGUUGUUCAUAAGAGUAGUGCACGAGGGACACAUUUUCGACGUGCAGGCCCCCGCCAAAAGGUUUAUUUUGAAUCAGAUGAAGUCCAUGCAUGCAUUGUGACCUGUGGAGGCUUAUGUCCUGGUCUCAACACCGUUAUUAGGGAAAUCGUAUGCGGCCUCCAUCACAUGUAUGGUGUAAACAAAGUCCUGGGGAUAGAUGGAGGAUACAAGGGUUUCUAUGCUCGAAACACAAUUACCUUAACACCCAAAGUUGUAAAUGACAUUCAUAAACGUGGUGGAACAAUCCUUGGCACAUCGCGUGGUGGCCAUGAUACUGGGAAGAUAGUCGACAGCAUUCAGGACCGAGGCAUAAAUCAGGUUUACAUUAUUGGAGGAGAUGGAACUCAAAGAGGGGCAUCUGUGAUAUAUGAGGAAAUUAGAAGACGUGGUCUCAAAGUGGCAGUUGCCGGAAUCCCUAAAACUAUUGAUAACGACAUUCCUGUGAUUGACAGGUCCUUCGGCUUUGAUACUGCUGUUGAGGAGGCUCAACGUGCCAUUAACGCAGCUCAUGUUGAAUCCGAAAGCAUUGAGAAUGGCAUCGGUCUUGUCAAGCUAAUGGGUCGCUAUAGUGGGUUUAUUGCAAUGUAUGCUACUCUUGCCAGCCGAGAUGUGGACUGUUGCUUGAUUCCCGAGUCACCUUUUUAUCUUGAGGGACCAGGUGGACUGUUUGAAUAUAUAGAGAAGAGACUAAAAGAAAAUGGACAUAUGGUCAUUGUUAUUGCAGAAGGUGCAGGACAGGACCUCCUUUCUGAGAGCUUGCGUUCUAGUAAUCAGCAAGAUGCUUCAGGAAACAAGCUUCUCCAAGAUGUUGGGCUUUGGAUAUCUCAGAGGAUAAAGGAUCAUUUCUCAAGCACAAAGAUGGCCAUCAAUCUCAAAUACAUAGAUCCGACAUACAUGAUCCGGGCUAUUCCUAGCAAUGCAUCUGAUAACGUGUACUGCACUCUACUCGCGCAAAGUGCUGUUCAUGGAGCAAUGGCAGGGUACACGGGCUUCACAGUAGGCCCUGUCAAUGGCAGACAUGCUUACAUACCAUUUUGCAGAAUAAACGAGGGACAGAACAACGUGGUGAUAACGGAUAGGAUGUGGGCAAGGCUGCUAUCUUCAACCAACCAGCCAAGCUUCAUGACGGGCAAAGAUAUCAUUGAAUAUACCAGAGAUGACGAGCCACUGGCUCAAAUGUCCGACGACAACUCUUCAGAUGACAAGUUGGUCAACAAAGAGAUCAGCACGUACUGAAGAGAUAAAUUUCGCUCAUGUAGUAGAGGUCGUCACUAUUAUUUGCUUUUCCUACCACAUUUUGUUUUCCUCUAAUGUAAGCAAAAUCAGCUAGCGGCUAUUUUUAUGUUAUAAGUUUGCCUACCUUGUGACUUUGUAUUCUGAGAUACUAUGGUUGGUGUCAUAAGAAUAAAAUUUUGACUUCAUUUCUAGAA